UGAUGUAGGAACUUCGAAAGGCAAGAUUGGCUUAAAAGCUCCUCGCCUUCCGAUGACUCUAUUCUGAUCAUCGACAUCCAUCGAAUGAAACUUGCACUUGACUUUCUCAUGGACUUGCCAAGCUAGGCUUCUCAACAAGGAAUUCCAUUCAACCAACAGGGAAAAAGAACAGAAGCCUUAUCGUUAAAUACCCUUUUGGCAGGCAGGCUGCGCGAAUUGGAUUUGAACCAAUCAAGCUACUUGCCUUUUAGUAGAUCUAAUUAUUUAUGAUGGUCAAUAAUGAUUGUUCGCUAGGUGUAGGUUGGAUAACUUCUUAGACUAAUCAGUUUUAGUUUCAGUCUUAUAAUCUGUGUUUGAUUCGCUUUUAAUCAUUGAUUUUGGUUUAAAGUUGUACUGAUUUCUUAAUUUCUUGUAAUUUAUAUUUGUAUAUUAGCAAAAGACUGUAAACGAAAGAACAAAGAGCUUUGGGAAGAAAAGAGCUUAGAGAGACAAAAAGGUAGAGAGAGUGAGAGAGUAUCGAGAGAAUUGUAACUACCAAGUUGUUCUUCCCAUUCACGAGAAAUUCCUUAAAAGUUGUUACAUCAGAUGGGCCUAUGGGCCUUUGACCUUAAUACUUAAACAAAAUGGACUUAAGAAACCCUCGACUGAAGUUUCUCUAGUCAGGGCCGAGGGUUUCUCUAGUUUCACUCCCAGCAUUUUGAAGAGUUCCUUCCAGAAAACACUAGUAAAAACCUUAUCUCUAUCAGUUAAUAUGCUGACUGGGUACCCAUGUAACUUGUGCACUGUGUCCAGGUCCAGGAAUGUCUUGGCCACUGAUUUGGCAGUGAAUGGGUGUGCUAAUGCCACAAAAUGUGCAUACUUUGUUAGUCUGUCAACAAUAACAAGUAUCACAUCCUUUCCCCAAGACUUAGGCAAGCCUUCUAUAAAGUCCAUAGACACAUGAGUCCAUGCUUUGUCUGGUAUAGGUAAUGGCUGCAACAGCCCAGGGUAAGGUCCCUUUUCUGCCUUGUUCAUGCUACAGACAUCACACCCUUUAACCCAUUUUUCAAUAUCUUUUUUCAUAUUUGGCCAAUAGAAGGUUCUUUUCAUCCUCAUGUAGGUACCCAAAAUGCCUGAGUGUCCGCCAAAAGCUGAGUCAUGAGUUGCCUGCAGUAGUGAUUCCCUUAAUUGGGAAUUACUGCCUACACCUAACCUUCCUCUAUACCUUAUCAGCCCAUCCACAAGAGUGAAAUCUGGAUAAGCUUGUGGGUCUAAGGUAUUUGCUUCCCUAUUUUUUUUGAAAAAGGGAUCCAUUUCAUAACUGUCAUGAAUCUGUCGAACCCAAGUAGGUGUCAGGGUAGUAAUGGCAGACACCUCAGUACCCUCAUUAGGCUUCCUUGAAAGGGCAUCAGCAGCUCUGUUCUCAGCCCCCCUCUUGUACUGAAUUUCAUAGUUAAGCCCCAACAAUUUUGUCAACCAUUUCUGUUGGAUAGGAGUCAUGAUCUUCUGGUCUAGAAGGUGUUUCAAAGCCUGUUGAUCUGUUCUGAUAAUAAACUUGUGACCCAGUAAGUAGUGUCUCCAUCUCUGUUGAUCUGUUCCUAAUUACAUUACUAACUCCCCGGCCCUGACUUGAACUCAUUUUCCCCAAUUUGGACUUGAGAAACCCUCGACUGCCCGCCGGCCAGAGGCGUCAUCUUUCCCAGCAUCACCGUGUUCAUGACAAAAGUCUGUUAAAUGGUUAUCAUGUGUUCUCUUAUUUUUUUCAUGUGUGUGGUUAUGUUGAACUUGUUGAAUUGUUGAAUGAUGAUUAUAUUUUCUAUUUUGUGAAACUACUCUCAUUUUGAAGAAAAAGAGGAGUUAUUUACAUGUUUUGUGUUAUAUUGUUGUGUGUGUAUAAUUUUUUUGGGUCCUCCAUAGAUAUAUGGUGGUUUUUUGGCUUUCUGCUAUGGCACGCCAUCCCCCCAGUGAUAACACUGGUAUAGGGAACAUUCAAUUUUUCUGAAGUUCAGAUUUGAUCUUGUAUUACAUUUUGAUUGGUAUUUGAAUUAUUGGAUUCUUUUAUACUGAAUGGUUCUGCAUUUAUUUAUUUAUUUUGUUGCAUAUUGGAUGAUGAAUUGUGAUGAUCAGCCUUUGUGUUGUUUCUCUUCUGAUUCAGGAUGUCGGAAAAGAAAUAAGAAAAGUGAUAAAUGGUGCUAUUCCGAAAGCUAAGAUGGAGAUCAAUCUGCAGGGGUGGGAAUUUUUCAAAGCCUUUAUCAUCCUCAAGUUUUUACUUGUUACAUUCUCAUGGUGUGCGAUACCUUAGCAACUUGGUAAAUUUUGCUGAUGAAACAAGUAGACAGAUUAACUUUGAGCAUUUAUUUAAUGCUUGCACGACAUCUGAGGCUACAAGGCGCGUUCAUGCUCUUCUUAUUGUGUCAGGCAAAGCCCUAAGCUUUUUUUAUGCUACAAGGCUCGUCAACAAGUAUUCCUUUCUCGGUAAUGUCUCCUUGGCCCGGGACACUUUUGAUCAAAUCUCUAGAAAGGAUUCCUAUACAUGGAAUUCCAUGAUCUCAGCUUAUGUCCGGAAUUCCCAUUUUGAUGAAGCAAUAAAAUGUGCGUUUGAAAUGUUGUCAAGCACUGAUGUUCGACCUGAUUUCUACACCUUCCCCCCUAUCUUGAAAGCCUGUAAAUCUUUAUGUGAUGGGGGACUAUUUCAUUGCUGGGUUUUGAAAUUGGGGUUUGAGUGUGAUGUGUUUGUGGCUGCUUCAUUAGUGCAUAUGUACUGCCGUUUCGGGUUUUCUAGUCGUGCGUAUACGAUUUUCAGAAAUAUGCCAUUUUGGGACAUGGGAUGCUGGAACUCCAUGAUUUCAGGAUUUUGUCAAAGUGGCAAUCGUAAAAAGGCAUUGACAGUUUUUGAUGAGAUGAUACUGGGAGGCAUAGCAAUUAACGCGGUGACUGUCUCGACUAUUCUCGCAAUUUGUGCACAAACUAAUGAUUCAUUAUGCGGCAUGUUGAUCCAUUUAUUCACGAUAAAGCACGGUUUGGAAUCUAACGUCUUUGUUUCUAAUGCGUUGAUCAACAUGUAUGCCAAAUUUGGCUACAUGGAUUGCGCCCGAAAUGUUUUCGAUCAGAUGGGCGUUAGGGAUUUGGUCACAUGGAACUCCAUAAUCGCAGCGUACGAGCAACGUUGUUGUCCACAGGUAGCACUGGCUUUUUUUCACUAGAUGAAGUCAAAUAAAGUCCAACCUGACUCGUUGACACUGGUGAGCCUAUCCUCAUGCCUUGCUCAGACAAGAGAUAUUUUACGGAGCAAAUCAAUUCAUGGAUUUGUUAUCAGGAGAUGCUGGAUCACAAAAGACACCAUAAUUGGAAAUAGCAUCGUCGACAUGUACGCGAAAUUAGGCAUUUUGGAUUCCGCGCGUCGGGCUUUUGUGCAACUUCCUUUUAAAGACGUAAUCUCGUGGAACACACUGAUCACGGGUUAUGCUCAAAAUGGCUUGGCAAGCGAGGCCAUUAACUUGCAUCGAGCAAUGAAAGAAAACGAUAAUCUGAAGCCUAACCAAGGAACGUGGGUGUCAGUUUUACCAGCUUAUGCUCAUUUAGGAGCUCUUAGAGAUGGAACAAGAAUCCAUUGUCUGGUGCUUAAACAAAACCUUGAUGUGGAUAUGUAUGUGGGCACUUGCCUUAUCGAUCUGUACGGAAAAUGUGGUAGACUGAGUGAAGCUAUGCUGUUAUUCAGUGAGGUGCCAGGAGAAACUUCAGUAACUUGGAAUGCUGUAAUAUCGUGCCACGGGCUUCACGGGCUUGGUCAAACAUCUGUCCGACUUUUUCACGACAUGUUGAGUGAGAGAGUGAAUCCCGAUGAGGUGACUUUCUUAUCUUUAUUGACAGCUUGUAGCCAUUCCGGUCUUGUCGACGAGGGAAAACGGUAUUUUCACAGCAUGGAGCAAGAAUAUGGAGUGAAGCCCACUUUAAAGCACUAUGGGUGCAUGGUUGACUUGUUUGGGCGGGCCGGGCUAUUGGAAGAAGCAUACAAGUUUAUUGAAACCAUGCCUGUGAGGCCCGAUUCCUCAAUAUGGGGCGCUCUUCUUGGUGCCUCUCGAGUUCAUGGAAAUGUUGAGAUGGGUCAAAAGGCAUCCGGCCAGUUAUUCGAGCUCGACCGUGAAAAUGUCGGAUAUUACGUUUUACUGUCGAAUAUUUACGCAAACUUUGGGCGGUGGGAAGGGGUCGACACUGUAAGGUCAUUGGCCCGGGAUCGCGGCUUGUGGAAAACGCCAGGGUGGAGUUGGGUCGAAUUAAAUAAUGAACUCGUGGUUUUCUAUACGGGCAGUCGGUCUCAUCCUCAGAGUGAGGACAUAUACAAGGAACUAGCUUUACUAAAUUCUAAAUUGAAAAGCCUCGGUUAUAUCCCAGAUUAUAGUUUUGUGCUUCAAGAUGUAGAAGAUGACGAGAAAGAGAAUAUUCUCUCGAGCCACAGCGAGAGGUUGGCUAUUGUGUGCGGAAUUCUUAAUACGCCACCUAAAAGCACUAUAAGGAUAUACAAAAAUUUGCGGGUUUAAUGUGACGAAACUGAUAUCUAAUAGUUACGGAGAGGGAAAUUAUCGUGAGGGACUCGAAUCGUUUUCAUCACUUCAGAGACGGGUUUUGCUCAUGUGCUGACUAUUGGUGAUGCGUCUCCCAAUUCUCAGUUUUACAGAUAAUAUGGUUAGAUUCAAUUUAAAUGGAAUCAGUAUGAAUGAGUGAGAUCAUAAUGUAUAUAUAAUAUUUUUAUGUAUCAUAUGAUGAAAUGGUUCUUCUUUGGAAGCUGUAUAAGUUUCUGUGUUUGCCUAAAUUAUUUUUGUACAAUAUUUGUAGAUUUUCUUAUCAUUUUUUUUUUUNUUUUUUUUC